AUGGGACAGCUAGCUUUUCAACACCUGGAGGACGGUGACCGCGUGUAUCGAGAAGAGGACCUGAGAAAGUGUGGUAUUUGUGACAGUGAGAUUGCGGAGUACUCCUGGCUGUGCAAAGAAACCUUUAAAAGAGACUCGGAGAAACCUAAGCUUUAUCGUUUCACAUUUUCAUUCCUCAAGGAUUACUUCGCUGCCCUGUACGUCUUUUUUAACUUCAAAAACAACAACAAAAAUCUGCUCGACGAAGCCGGAAAACACGUCAGUAAAUGGUCCAAGCUCCUCAAGAGGCUCCAACAGCCUGACUUGCUCAAGAGGGCAGUAGAUAGCGCCUUGGCCAGCGAGAACGGACACCUGGACCUCUUCCUCCGCUUCCUCCUCGGCAUCUCACAACGGUCCAAUCAGAGCCUCCUGCGGGGCCUUCUGACUCAGGGGGACUGCGGCUCCCAGGGCCUGGAGGAGACCCUCAAGCACAUCAAGGGGAAGAUCAAAAAGAAUCCUUCUCCUGAGAGGACCAUCGACCUGCUCCACUGCCUGAGCGAGCUGGACGAUGGCUUCCUGGUGGAGGAAGUCCAACGGUUCCAGGCGGCAGGAUGUGUCGAGGGAGAGGAACUCUCACCAGCCCAGUGCUCAGCACUAGCCUACGUGCUCCUGACCUCCGAGGAGGCCCCGGACGAGUUCAACCUGAAGAAGUUCGUCAGAUCAGAUGAAGGGCUUCUGAGGCUGCUGCCAGUGGUCAGGCGCUCCAGGAGAGCUCUGCUGGAUAACAGCAACAUCACUAUGAGAGGCUGUGAAACAUUGGCCACCAGCAUUAGCUCAGGACUGAUAGAGCUGGACCUGAGUCACAACGACCUGCAGGACUCAGGGGUGAAGCUGCUGUCUGGUGGACUGAGGAAUCCGCACUGCAGAUUGGAGAUACUGAGGCUGGCAAAUUGUAAGCUCACGAUGAGAUGCUGCGGCGUGCUGGCUGCCGCCCUCUGCUCAGAGAGACCUCCUCUGAAAGAGCUGAUCCUGAGCCACAAUGACCUGCAGGACUCAGGAGUGAAGCUGCUCUCAGACGGACUAUGGAGUCCCCAUUGUUGCCUGGAGACAUUGAGCCUGGACUGGUGUAACCUCACAGAAAAAUGCUGUGAAGCGUUGGGCUCAGCUCUUUGUUCAAACCCCUCACACCUGAGAGAGCUGCAUCUGAACGACAACGACCUGCUGGACUCGGGGGUCAAGCUGCUGUCUGAUGGACUGGGGAAUCCACACUGUAAACUGGAGACGCUGGGGCUGUCAGGGUGUCGAGUCACAGAGGCAGGCUGUGCUUCUCUGGCUUCGGCUCUGCGUUCAAACCCCUCACACCUGAGAGAGCUGGAUCUGAGCUACAACCACCCAGGAGACUCAGGAGUGAGAGCGCUCUCUGCUGAACUGAAGGACCCCAGCAGUAAACUGGAGAAACUGAAGUAA